AUGACAGUUGACUUUCUAUCAUGUGGAACAUGUUUUGUUACUUUUCGUCUCUCUGAUAUUAAUAUGUUUAUUGAGCAUAAAAAAGCAAGUUGUUGUUUCUUGAAAUCACCGUUUACUUCAAAUUUAGAAAAUAACAAAUAUCCUUCAUUGUUACCAUCAUCAUCAACAUCGUCGUUUUCUUCUUCACCUCCAUUGAUGACAUUAUCAUGUUCAAAUGUUAUGGACAAUAUUAGUAAUAAUAAUGAUAAUAAUAAUAAUACUUUAUUAGAAUCACAAAAUAAUAAUACUAUCUUUUUAAAAUGUGUUCAAUGCUCUCGUAAAUUCACAACUCCAUGGACAUUUUUAAUGCAUGUUCAAGUUGAACACCAAUUAAUAUUUAUUGAUACAAUUGGAAAAUUUUCUAAAACAUAUGAACAACAAUUAAAAAAUACAUUAUCAUCAAAUGUUGAAGAAUUAUUGAAUGAAACUAAUGUUAAUAACAAUGAUUUUAAUGUUGAUGUUGAUGAUAAUGAUGAGGAUGACGACGACGACGAUGAUGAUGAUGAUGAUGAUCAGUGUGAAAAUGGUGUACUGCAUACAAUUGAUAAAUUACUCUCAGAAAAAGUGAACAAUUCCGAUUCUGAUACAACAAUUACUUCUACUAUUACAAAUGAUGAUAAUAAAUAUAUUAGUCCUAAUAAUAAUAAUAAUACAAAUAGUACUACUGAUACACCUACUAUUACAAGUAACACUGCUCAUACCGAUAACAGUAGUAGUAUUAGUAUUAAUAGUAACAGCCAUAAUGCAUCAACACAAACUUAUCUAACUGGAAUUAAACAACACAGUAUACCUCAUAGAAAACGUAAAUAUGUUAGUUGUUGCAUAGGUGAAUCAACAGUGACUUGUAAUAGACUUAACAAUAUAAAAACUUGUUCAAACGUGAAAAGUUGUAAUCUUACACUUUCAUCGUGUUGUAAUAAUUUAUCGACAGGAAUAUGUCCAUAUAAUUUUAAUAGCAAUAGUAAUAAUAAUGAUAACAGUAAUAAUAGUAAUAAUAACAAUAAUGAUAAUAGUAGUAAUGGCAGUUCUAUGAAUUCUGAUAUAUAUGUCAGUGAUUAUUGUUGUACUACAGGAUCAAUUAUUUGUAAACCGACAACAUGUUCAAAUUUAUUAAAUACUAAUGAAAUAAUUACACAAGAUACAUCAAGAUGUACUGCAUCUACGGCAAUUGUUAGUUGUUGUAUGCGUAAACUUGUCUGUUGUACAUCAACACCGGUAACAUUACCAAUAUGUUGUGAUCGAUCAAUGCAAAAUGAAAUUAAUAAUAAUAAUAAUUUCAUUAUUCAAGAAACAAAAACUACCAAUACUGCUCGAAUUACAUGUUGUCCUUGUUCACCGAAAAGAUCAAUAAUCAGUCAGUCAUCUGAAGUACAAACUGAUUUCGAUCCAGAAUUCAGUUAUUCUGAUUAUGCUGAUUUAGCAAUGUUAUUAAAUGCAGCUACACCGACAACAAUUACAAGUCCAUUAAAUUCAAUAUUAUCACCACAAUUACCAUUAUUAUCCGACAUGAUCAUACAACAAUCAUCAUCACCUCCAACAUCACCACCACAACAAAAUAAUGAUAAUGAUGAAUAUUGUCAAAAUAUUGAAUUACAUUUAAAAAAUGACAUAAUUAAUAAACCUUAUAUUAAUGUUGUAAAUAGUAGUAAUUCUAAAAUAAGUGAUAAUUAUUUAUCACAAAUUGAUCAUAUCAAUAAUACAAAUACAGAUAUCAAUAAUGAGACUUCAAUUAUAUUGAACAAUUCCUCAUCAUCAUCAUCGUCAACAAUAAUGACAACAAAUGUUGACAUAGAUGUAACAAUGAAAUCAAUGCCUGUUUCGUCUGGAAAUGCCGUAAUUACAUCGAAUGUUAAUAAUAAUGAUAACAUGAUCACAUCGACUGCCAAUGUUAUCUUUCAAAUGCCAACAAUAAUGCACACAAAUUUGAUUGCUUGUCCUAAUAUUGAUAAUAAAAGUAAUAAUAAUAAUGUCAAGAAGUAUUACUGUGAUUCAAUCCCACCAAGACGUUAUAUCUGUCGUGAUUGUGGUACAUCAUUUCGUCAAAAUGUUCACUUACGUAAACAUAUCAUGAUACAACAUACUAAAGUAAAACCAUUCAGUUGUCCUUAUUGUCAAUAUACAACUGUUGAAAAAAGUCAUCUUACUGUACAUAUACGUACGCAUACAGGUGAAAGACCAUUUAGUUGUCGUGAAUGUAAUUAUUCAUCCGCUCAAAAUUGUACAUUAAAAUCACAUUAUUUACGUAAACAUCCAACUAAUUUAAUUAAAUGUAAUUAUUGUUCUGAAUUAUUUUUUACUGAAUUAGAAUUAACUAAACAUCUACGUGGAUGUAGUUUAUCUUUUCGUCAACAGUAACAAAUUAUUAUUGUAAAUUGUAUUCUUUUUUUUUUAAAGAAGAAGAAAGUGAUAUUACAAUUGUAACUCCGGUGUAUUUUCU